UUUUAACCAGUCAGCGACCGCAGGAGAGCGUAUAGUCGAAGUCGAAGGAAAAUCAAGAAACGUUACUUGCUUGCAACAACUACAUCUAACAAAGCAGUGUAUUCGUUGUGUGAUGACGAGAGUAACUAGUGAGACCGGACAUUUACAAUAUUUUCGUGUAAUUUUGUCGCAAAUAAAUAAAAAUUCCAUCGGAAAAUGGAAUAUCCGGUGCCCAGUCAGACAAAUUGCAAGGGGUAAUGCAGAACAUGAACCAGCCCCCGGGGUUAUUAGAAAGACCAUCCCCGAGGCAGCUGGUUUGUCCUUUAGUCAAUUUAGGAAGGACUUCGUCUCCUCUAGAUCACUCUUCUGACUCUGUAAACCAUCUUUUCGACUAUCAUCAUUCAAAGUUUUCGGACACGUACGAAAAAGGUGAACAGAACCGUAACAGAUAUUUUGGAAACUCUCACGUGCCUCUUGAAAACGAAUUGACAUACGGCCACUCAUAUUAUCAAAGUUUACACGAUUAUCAAGAGAAAUCUUCAGACAGAAUAUCUAAUCAAUCGGACAACGUACAAUUGUCAGGUCUAAUUAGAAGCGGACCUAGCAAACAGUUCCCCAAAUCAAACUCGAUAGAACUUUCGUCAUUAUCCUAUUGUACAAACUAUUGGGAACAAGACGAUGACUUUGAAACGAACGAAGAAACAAAAAGUCGCGCGCUAGAACAAACGAAAGAAACAAAUUACCUUCUAGAUAAUUUUUCGAUAUUAGGAAAAUCUAGUCCAAGCCUGGACCAAGGAUACCACACGUUGGUCACGCCAAGUCCAGGACCCCCUACCAGUAACAGCCCUUGGAAUGAUGAAAACAUCUACAAGGGGAAGAAGUUCCAAAACAAAAGCAAUCUAUUCAACCAGCUCAGUGACGACUUGAUUAUUAACAUUUUCUCAUUCCUUUCCAGUCUAGAGCUGAGCGUGUGUGCCAGGGUGUGUCGUAGGUUUGAAAUUUUAGCGUGGACUCCUUGCUUGUGGCGGGCAAUAACAUUAGAGGGAGAACACGUGAAUGGAGAUCGUGCGAUUAGGGGAGUUCUGAGACAACUUUGUGGCCAAGGUAGAACUGGUGCUUGUCCUAGUGUAGAGAAAGUUCGAGUUUCCGAUGGAGCGAAACUAACAGACAAAGGCUUAAUUCUUUUAGCUCGUAGAUGUCCAGAAAUAACUCACGUUGAAAUUCAUGCAAGUGCUGCUAUUACAAAUAAUGCUCUCUAUGAGUUAGCAACUAGAUGCCAUAAUUUACAACAUUUAGACGUAACCGGGUGCAUCAGUAUAUCUUAUAUUAGCGUAACUGCUGGACCUGAACCACCUAGACGAUUACAUAUACAGUAUUUAGAUCUUACUGAUUGCCCUGCUCUUCAAGACAGUGGACUUCGAGUUAUUGUUAGAAACUGUCCACAGCUCGCAUAUCUUUACCUAAGACGUUGUGUUCAAAUUACAGAUGGAGGGUUAAAGUUUGUGCCAAGUUUUUGCUCGGGUCUUCGAGAACUAAGCGUUAGUGACUGUUGUAAUAUAACAGACUUUGGAUUGUAUGAACUUGCUAAAUUAGGUGCCACACUGCGUUAUCUCUCUGUAGCAAAAUGCGAUCAAGUGAGUGACGCAGGACUAAAAGUGAUAGCGAAAAGGUGUUACAAGUUGCGGUAUUUGAAUGUAAGGGGUUGCGAAGCGGUCUCCGAUGAUGCCAUAACUGUCCUGGCCCGAUCCUGCACACGAUUACGAGCUCUGGAUAUAGGAAAGUGUGACGUAAGCGACGCCGGACUAAGGGCUUUAGCAGAAUGUUGUCCUAAUUUGAAAAAAUUAGGACUACGAAAUUGUGAUUUAGUGACGGAUCGUGGUGUUCAGUGCGUAGCGUAUUACUGUAGAGGAUUGCAACAGCUCAACAUCCAAGACUGUCAAAUUUCUUUAGAAGGAUAUAGAGCUGUUAAGAAAUAUUGCAAACGGUGUGUUAUUGAACACACCAACCCUGGCUUUUUCUAACAAUCUGUUUUCCACAUGUCUACAAUUUUAUUGUAAUAUUUCAUUAUUUAUUUUCGUAAAUUUUAUUCUAUUUCAAAUUUUGUUGAUUUUAUUAAAUUAUUUUGAAAUGUGGCCAUUUUUUUCAAUUGCACUUGAACUGCAGUUUUGGGGCUAAAGAUUUUUUUUUAAUGUGUCUGCCGUGGUCAAUGGAAAUCUUUUCUUCCACAGGCUUCGCCGUUCUUUACUAAUGACACCGUCAGUGAUAAUAUGACUGAGGGUUAGUCAGUAACUGCAGGUCAGUAAGUUCCACUCUAAAGAUGUAAUCAGGAAAAAAAUUUAGACGAGAACUCCAUCGAUCACGAUAGCAUAAACAGCUCGAAAAGAAGAAGAAUUCAAAAAGUAAUUAUAUACGAUCUUAUUAAUAAACUUGGUAUCAAGUUUCUGUUUUAUCAAUAAGAGCUAUAAUGUAUUUUCCUUUUUAUCUGCGGAAUAUACGUCACAUGGCGGUUAACUGCAACCUUGAAAUCUUUUAUAGGUUGAUUUAUAUCAAGUAUAUACAUCCUUGGUAAUAUCUCUCAUCGCACAAAACAUAAACAGGGCAAAAUGAAGAUUAUAUUUUUUUUAUGUCAUAGGUGCAUCAAUGUAGCAUUGCCAUUUUUUUUUAAUUUUAUCCGUAUUUACCAUUUUAUGAAAGAAACUCAAACUAAAUAAGUACGUUUUUUUUACUAAUUCAUUAUUUUUCUUUAUUAUACGCUAAUUGCUACUUUUUUGUUUACAAUUAUUAUUAUUAAUGCAAUCUUCAAAAUGCAUUGCGUUUGUAAGAAAAGACGGUUAAAUUAAGAUUCUGUUUAUUUAUAACAGAAAUUACAAAAUGAAACGAAUUCAGAGUCUAAACGGUAAAAAAGCAACAUUGGAAUGGACGAAA